UUCUUAUCAAUUUCAGUUCAGCACGUGAAAUAUUUUUGUUUUUUUUUGAACUUUGAAAUUUUUGUUGAACUUUGAAGUCUUUAUUUUUUAUGUACAAUACAAAAUAAGGGUAACAUUCUUCUAGUUCUUCGUGAUCUCAGCAAGAUGAGUGCUACCGCAGCAUCCUCUCAAAAUAAACCUCUCAUCUGUGUACCAGGUCAAAGACUAUGUCUUAUGGAUAAAGACCAUGUCAGCGGUAACGGUACUUACGAGCAUCAUGGAUAUAUUCACGCAUCUAUCUUAGGCACAGUAAAAAUAAACGAAGCUUCCUCAGAUAACAAUAAUAAAAUAGUCGAAGUUCACGGUAUAAAUGAGCAAAGUGUGGUACCAGCUCCAGGGGACAUCGUUACUGCUAAAGUUAUGGUAUUAACUCAGAGGUUUUGUAGAUGUUUAAUCAAAUGCAUCGGAGAUACGGUGCUGAGCAGACCUUAUCGAGCUAUUUUAAGGAAAGAAGAUAUAAGAGCUACGGAGAAGGAUCACAUCGAUAUGUAUAAAUGCUUUCGUCCUGGUGAUAUUAUUCUAGCACGAGUUUUACCUAUGACUGAAAUACAUUCCUAUCAUUUGUCAACGGCUGAAAACGAAUUGGGAGUUGUGAUUGCCUACAGCGAAGCAGGAAUCCCAAUGAUACCAAUCAGUUGGACUGAAAUGCAAUGUCCAAAAACUCACAACAAAGAAUUACGAAAAGUAGCCCGAAUAGUUCCCGAAGAGAUCGCUGUUCCGGAAUAACUCGUACAAAAACCAUCUCAAAAAAAUCAACGCAAUAGGUAUAAAAAUGGAAAAAAAACGAUACUGUAUUGUAAAUAAUAAUAAAAUCAGCCUUCGAGAAUUUGUACAACAGGUAAGUUGAGUACAUGUAUGAACGUAUUAUUGGUGGCUAUCUAUCUAGCAAUAGUAUCUCUAUCUACUUAUACCUAUCGUUGAAUUUCUUUUGUCUUAAAUCACUUUUAAAUUGUUCUAGUUUCAAAUUAUACGGAUCUUCGUGAUAACUGCUAGAAGGAGGAGUAGGAAAACUCGGCACCGGUAUUUGCUUCUCGUAUACGAAGGCGCGUCGAUCUGCCAACAGAUAGAAAAAAAAAUUACAUAAUUAUUACCCACACAUGUCGAGAUACUCGUAAUCGGGUUAUUAAAACGUAAACAAUUAAGAUAACUCUGAUAAGCGGACACACUCCUAAUUUUGAUAACUUUGUACAACCUUUAUACAUAUACACAGCAAUAAUAAUAAUACAUAUUUAAUUAAAAAAUUCGUUUAAUUA